AUGAACUCACUGGUUUUUUGGCAGCUGAUGCUUUUCCUCUGUGCCACCUCCUUCAGGGAGACAUUAGAAAAGGUGGCGCCCGCGGAGAAUCCUAGAUCCACAGGCCGGCGGCUCGGACCCCUGGCGCUCCUGGCCCCCUGGGCGCAGAGCCCGCGCCGCGCGGAGGGGAAGCCCGCCCUGGCCGGGCCGCGCCCUCGGGGGGCCUGGCUGUGCCCGCCUCCGGGGAGCUCCGCGGGGCCCCAGCGCCCGGGCCCGUGCACCCCCCGCAGCCGCCGGAUCCCCGCGCCCCGGGGUGCCGCGCCCGUGCAGCGGGAGAAGGCGCUGCCCGCCUACAACUGGAAUUCCUUCGGGCUGCGCUACGGCCGGCGGCGGGCGGCGCCCGGGACGCCGACGAGGGUCCGAGCGCGCGGGGCCGGGGCUGGGGGCAGGGCAGAGGGAGGACGACUGGAGUUUCUGUCCUGA